AUGUCCAAAGAACUCCUCAAGCCAGAGAAGGAUUUCAGCAAGGAUGCAGACAAGAUAAUUCCAGAGGCUCAAGAACUUGCCAAGAGCAAUGUUCAAGCGGCUAUUGAUAAGCUGUCCUUGCUGGAGAAGCAAGCUCGUCAGGCAUCUGAUCUCGCAACCACCUCCCGAACCAUCGUAGCCAUCGUGACAAUCUGCAAGGAAUCCGGCGACUGGAGCCUACUUAACGACCAGGUGCUUUUGCUAUCCAAGAAACAUGGCCAGCUCAAGCAAGCGACGACGAAGAUGGUGCAGAAAGUUAUGGAAUUCCUAGAAGAUACUCCAGACGUUGAAACUAAGCUGUCGGUGAUUGAGACUCUGCGAACCGUCACAGAAGGAAAGAUCUUCGUCGAAGUCGAAAGAGCUCGCAUCACCCGUUAUUUAUCACACAUCAAGAAAUCCCAAGGCGACCUCAGCGCAGCCACCGAUAUCCUCUGCGAGCUUCAAGUUGAGACAUUCGGCUCGAUGUCUAGGAGAGAAAAGACCGAGUUUAUCCUCGAACAGGUUGCUUUGUGUAUUGAGAAAGGCGACUGGACCCAGGCGGCUAUCCUCAGCCGCAAGAUUAAUAAGCGCUACUUUGCACGCAAACCCAAGAAGACCCCUGAACAGUUGGAGAAGGAGCAAAAGGAAUACGAAGAGCGGGUGAAGACGCGCGCUUCGGAUGAGCCGAUGCCAGAGAAGGAUGAGUCUGUUGAGGAUUUGAAGCUCCGUUAUUACGAGCAGCAGAUUAUUCUUGCCAAACAUGACCAUAACUACCUUGACACUUGCAAGCACUACCGGGAUGUUCUUGAUACUGAGUCGGUUGAAGAGGACCCUGAGCGGCUCCGAGCUGUACUUGCACGAAUUGUCUACUACGUUGUUCUCGCCCCAUACGACAAUGAGCAAUCGGAUUUGCUUCAUCGCAUACAACAGGAUAGCCGCUUGUCACAAGUGCCAACGGAAGCCCGUCUUUUGAAAUUGUUUACGGUGCAUGAAUUGAUGCGCUGGCCCGAAAUCGCAGAAAAAUUUGGACCCCAUCUUACCAGCACAGAUGUCUUUGACAAGGAGCAGAACCCGAACGACCCCGACGCAUACACACGAUGGCAAGAUCUGCGAAAGCGCGUGAUUGAGCACAAUGUGCGCGUUAUCGCCAAGUACUACACUCGCAUCCAGACAAGCCGUUUGACACAACUGUUAGAUUUGACCGAGGAUGAGACGGAGAAGUACAUCAGCGACUUGGUGACAUCAAAGACCAUUUACGCUAAGAUUGACCGUCCUGCCCGUGUCAUCAACUUUGCCAAGCCCCGGGAUGCCGAUGACGUCUUGAAUGAAUGGAGCGGCAAUAUGAGGAGUCUGCUUGGUCUGUUGGAGAGGAUUGACCAUUUGAUCACCAAGGAGGAGAUGAUGGCUCGUAUCCAGCCGACCAAGUCUGCGAAGGUGAAAGCGUAA